AUGGCUUCCAGACAACUCCCCCGGAUGUCCACGGUCAACCAUGCCGCGGGCAUCUUUGCUGAUAUGUCCGUUGAUGGACCGUCAAUUGGGACGCUCGUGGCGAUUAUUGAUCGCGCAAAGAACCUGCCGAACAGAAAAACUAUGGGCAAACAAAAUCCUUACUGUGCGGCUCGCUUGGGAAAGGAGGCCAAGAAGACCGAGACUGACUUGCGCGGUGGACAAACUCCCAGAUGGGAUUAUGAGCUUCGCUUUACCGUACAUGAAUCGCCCGACUAUUACAGACUCAAGGUGUCCGUGUUCAAUGAUGAUAAGAAAACCGAUAUGAUUGGAGAAACUUGGGUUGAUCUCAAGGACCUGAUUAUCCCUGGCGGUGGCCAGAGCGACAAUUGGCAUCCGCUACAGUAUCGCGGGAGAUAUGCCGGCGAGGUUCGUAUCGAAAUGACAUUUUAUGAUACGCGUGUGCAGGAUGAAGCCGUGAUCGAACGACGAAGCCAUGCUGCAGGGAGGGUACAAGCUAGAACCAGCGGCUCAACAUCCAGUUCGUCCACCGUGUCGGGGCCCCGGCAACCGAAAGACAUUAGGCGACGUCCGUUACCGACCGAUCCCAAUAACCCAACUCAUGUACGACCACCGCCCCCAGAGAAAUUACAUACAGCCCCCGCUCCGUCACAGCUCCCAUCUGUUAGAGCUCCUUACCCUGAACAACAACAGCAGCAAUACGGUCAUCACCAUACUUAUUCGAUGCCGGCCCAUAAUGGUAGCAGUGAGCAUUUACGCCAACCCUCGAGGCAUUCAAUGAUUAUACCAACCGAAUACGAUGUGCCGACACAUGCUCCUACAGGCCCGCGGCCAGCGAGAGGACAUGAGAGCUUCGAUGAUUUCCAAAGACAUUUGAGCCAACCUGCUCUACCUGCGAAACUCCCCCCUGCGAUUCAUCAACCAGCCCCCGUUCAUCCCCCUGUGACUUAUCCGCAAGCCACACCAGCUUCCAGAUACGACCCGGUAGAGCAGCAGCACUCGUACCGUGAACCUCCGCAUGAGUCUUAUGCUUUGCAAGCGCGCUCUAACCAUGGACGACCGCAUUCUUCAUAUGAUGGGGUUCCACCUCCUGUGGACUAUCGCGUAUCGAGACAAGACCUGUACCAAAGCAGUCAAGAGCAACUGCAACCUACAGAACCUGUUGAGCCACGACAUAACUCUCAUGUAUACGAAACGCGCCCGCGCCAACCAAGCACUCAGGACUAUCCAUUUUCGUCGUCUGAGCGAUUCCUUCACGGUGAUGAACCAGCUUCUUAUGAGCAAGCCGGUAAUUAUGCUCUACGGCAUUCGCGGAGUAUGCCAGAUGAACCACCGCACGAGUACGUGCCAGCACCACUGCCAGAGGUGGGGCUAGAACCAGAACACGACCGUCUCUAUUAUCGUCAGCACAGCAACUCCCUCGCCAGUACCCAUAGCUCAUUGCGCAAUUCGAUGAGCCGCGGCGAGCCUCAGAUACAAUAUUCUAGAAUGCAGCCCAAGGUGGAAGACGAAGAAGACGAAGGCCCCCCACCUCCCCCGCCGGUGCAUCGAUCAGGCCUAGGGCAGUCGAGUCAGCAGUUAGUGCCUUCGCCACGAACAUCUUACAGAGCCUACUCUCCAGAGUAUGCAUCUUCCCCAAGUGCUUCAGAUGAUGUAAACCUUCCAUCCCAGCCUUCUCACUACGUACCAGACAACGUUCGAUUGCAGGACCUCCCUCCCCAUACAACCACGUCAUCUAUGCCCCCCAGCCUGGUCGCCGGUUUUGACCCUGGAAUUGCAGACGCAGAGACAGACCGUAUGCACCAUGAACGAAGGGAGAGCAAGAGGCGCAGCGUCCUGUUUGAAGAGGACGGUAUGGUUACUCAACCGCCUGCUUCUCAGCCACCCGUUUCGCAGCCGCCUGUGUCUAUGCCCCCAGAGCCGACACCUGUUAUGCCUCCGUAUCCUGUUGACCCGCCCGCGAAGCCCGUGUCGCAACCUGCACCCCAACCCGCAGAAGACCGAGGAUCGAUGAGCGGCGCUUUGGUCAGGAGCAGAGGGGGCUCAGCAGCCUCUGAUUCUCGCGUCAUUCCACGGCGCAAAUCUGUUAGUCCACAGCCACCCCCGGUUGAAGCGCGCUCAUCCGGAUCGAUACCCUUCUCGCCGGACUCGUACGACGCACUGAACCCCAAUGCAUCACGAUCUGCUCUAAAUGCGGAUCCUGCUCGCGAGUAUGAUUCGCCAUCUCAGGCAAUGGAAGCCGCGCGACGGAGCGAGGCAGAAGCAAAACGGGAUCCCGGGCCUAUAAUCGACGAUAACGGACGCGAGAUCGAUCCCUCCGACCACCUGCCGACUGACACAUGGGCACCUGAGCCAGAGAAGAAAAACCGGAAGCCUGAACUCGUCGUUCGCUUCAAGAACCCGCCCGCUCAAAGUCCGCCUCCAGUCAGGGAGUCCCGACCUCUUCGUGUGACAUUCAAGCCCUCGGCCGAUCGAGAACGGACAUACUCGCCAGAUAAAACCCUAGCACGUCCCAACAACUCAUACCAGCGGGGCUCCAUGGCAGUCGAGCGAACAUCCCCGCGAAUGGACUUGGUCCGUGGACGUGACACAUACACAGAGUACAACCGCGGGAGGGACUACAGCCGGUCCCCUGGCAUGGACUCUUACUCGUCCUCGCGAAAAUCCGUCUCACCAUCCCCUGGGUCUCACACGUCAAGCCUGUACGCACCUGCGAGCACUGGACCACCUAUCCCCGCUAAGGUCCCUAUCGCACAACCCAUGAACCAAAGUUACCCGAUAAUACCCGCCGGCACCAACUACAACCAUGUCAGUGGCAAUGAAGGCAGAGGCAUGGAAGCAUUGAGCCGGGAACUCAACACGAUUGACAUCGGGUCUGUAGGCCACAACACGAACCGGGCGGUUCGGAAAUACGUCCCGCGAGCGACUACUGGCUAUGCAGUUUGA